AUGGGGAAGGUGGCUGCUCUGAGGCAGGUACAUUUUUACCAUUCAGGCUCUGAGGUAAGGGAUGUUACAUUGAAGGCACUGUUUAAAUGCUGCAAGCCAAUUGGCUAUCAUGUUUCCUACAUCUCAAGUCGAGUGGGUGCAGGGGAACCAGUAGAUGUCUUCUAUUUGGACUUCCAGAAGGCAUAUGACAAGGCAACUAACAACAGGUUAAGUCAUAAGAUAAGAGGCCAUGGUGUUGAAGGAGCUGGUCCCGGCCUGGCGAAUGGGAGAUCACUGCUGGAUAUAAACCCUGCCAAACUGGAGGGCCUAGCACACACUGCGGCCAACCCACUGUCCACUUACCUCCCGAGACCUGCCUUCACCAUUGGACCUGAUGAUGGAUACUUCAGGGAGCAGCUGCCUGGGAAAGAAUUCCAAGAUGUGGGAACAAUUACUGAUGUGUGUUACAGUGACAAUGUACCCGAGGUGGAGAUUUUCAGCCUGUUGGAGGACGGUUUGCCCAGGUACACACUGCGAGCGGACACAGUGUAUGGAUACAAUCAUGAUGACUGGUUAAACACUCCCCUGGUGCCCCCAGACAUUAACAUCCACCUCAGCCAGGAGCAGAUCGAAGAGACGCUCAAAUAUUUCCUUCUGUGUGCGGAGAGGGUGGGCCAGGUGACAAAGACAUACCGAGAUAUCGAGGCUGUCACCCACUUACUGGAGGAGAAAGAGCGGGAUCUGGAGCUCGCCGCUCGGAUCGGACAAUCCCUGCUCAAGCAGAACCGCAUGCUGACAGAAAGCAAUGAAAACCUGGAACAGCAGCUCGAACAGCUCACCGAAGAGGUGGCCCAGCUGAAACAUGAAGUGAGUAUGAGGGAUGACCUUCUCCAACUAUACACCAACAGCACAGAGGACAGUGAGCCAGACUCAGCUUCCUGCAGCCCGUUGAGACGGAAUGAGUCCUCCAUCUCUCUACAGAAUUACCUCCACCUGGAAUUCCUGCAACAGAAACUUCGCAGCUUGGAAGAUGAGAACCAGAAACUGAGGCACAAGGCCACUCAGUUAUCAACAGAAACAUUGGAAUAUGAGACUAAGGAGGAGCAGCUGGUGCUAGACUGCGCCAAGGAGCUUGAGGAAAGCAGUAACCAACUAGCAGCUGUUUCCGAAGAGCUGUCACGGAAGGUGGAGGAUUCAGCAAAACAGCAGGAGGAGAUUGGUAUUCUCCUUGCGCGGGUCGUGGAACUUCAGCAGAAGUGUAAAACGUGCACGACAGAAAAUGAAGAGCUAAAUCAAUACCUUAUCACAGCGGGAGAGACUCAGGAGCAAUUAAAGACUGAGGUGCAAUACUUGCGGGAGAAGUAUUCCCAGUGUGAUGCGAUGCUGCGUGAAGCUCAGGAAGAGAUGAAGAAUUUGCGGAACAAGACCGCUCCAAACAGCUCCAUCAACCGGUACCACACCGUGCCUGUCUAUCCCAUGGACUCUCUUGCUGCUGAAAUCGAAGGAACAAUGCGGAAAGGCUUACACAUCGACAUGACUGCAUCGCUGGAGAACAGUAACUAUAACCGAAGGGUCUUUGAGACAGUACGGGCAGUCAACCAGGCAGUGAAGCUGAAAUCUCGCUCCCAAUCCCCUCAGAACGUUCCAGGGCCCAGCCCAUCAUCAACAGGACAGUCUGGAUCCAGCCACUUCAACAGCCCCCGCACGAGCUUCUAUGAGUCAAAUACAUCCAGUACUGGGCUGGACGACAAACUGCAAUCCCUGAGCCUGGAGACAGGGAGCACUCCAGAGGAGGAUGUGGAGCGGAAACCCGGGACACCAGGGACUCCAGGAUGUCGGGAUUUACAAGCAGCUUUGCAGCGGUUAUCUCUGAGGCAACAGGCCUCACCAGAGAAAACAUUCUUCGAUUAUGAGCGUGAGCAGAAAGUUAAAAAGCUGACUGAUGAAGGGCCACUAUCCAGUGGCUUGGUCACUCCAGCGGAGAGUGUCCUAUCAACGGGCACCAACUAUUCUGGGAGUUCAGGAAUGACUGCAUUUUCGGGCUUUUCUGUGAGUUCCCGACACAACUGCCCAGAUAAACUGAAAAUUGUGAAGCCGCUGGAAGGUUCAGUGACUCUCUAUCAGUGGCAGCAACUUGCACAGCCCAACCUAGGAGGGAUCUUGGAACCCCGGCCUGGAGUCCUCACCAAAGAUUUUCGGCAGCUGGAUAUUGACACUGGUGAGGUGUACAACCUGAACGACUUUGAAGAAGACGAGACAAACCAUCUGUUAUUUCAGGAGCUCAUUCCAUCACCAGCCGAACCCCAAACAGAACCCACUGUUUCAGCAUAUCAAUCCUCAAACCGACUGCCUGACACUCACUCUACUUACACCAUCACCACUUGCCGUAUCAUGCAUCCCUCGGAUGAGUUAACCACAAGUUUACAUCACACCCCUAGCCCCUCUUGUGGCAGCUUUGGCAAGUUGAGGCUCAUUUCGUCUGACGGGAACUUGGACAGACUGAGGCCUAUAUCUUCGUGUGGGAACUUCGACAAAUUUUGGCCAACCUCAUCCUCUGGGAAUUUCAGUAUGUUUAGGCCUACCCCAACCAGUAGAAACUCUAUUACGUUGGGCACCAGUGUGUCAAGCACGGAUUUCGAGGCACUGAGAGCAGCUCAUUGCAGUCCACAGCGUAACCGUUAUGUGUCUGAGUCCGCCACUAACCUGAGAGAGCAUACAACCACAUUGAGCACGUCACUCGGUUUAGUGACAUUAUUAAAGGAACAUGGGAUAUCUGCAGCCAUGUAUGACCUGAUCUGUCAUGUUGAAGACAGUGUUACAGAGGACACUGCCAGUGUUCAGCAGCAGUCUGAUGGAACCCUGACCAGCAUCCCAACUUCAGGAGCGCCGUUGCUAUACCUCUCGAAGCCCCCAUUUGAACUGAGCUAUACCAGCCCACCUCAAAAACCCUUCCUCACCUCGAGUUUGGCCAGGUCGAUGCUCAAGAGGAUGAGCAGUUCAGAGAGUGGAAGGAGCCCGAGUGACACCAGGAACCAAAGAAACAUCUUCAGCUUGAACUUGGUGGAGAAACUGAAGCGACUUGGUUUAGACAAAGUAGUGGCCAGAGGGAUGGUCAACCCUGAGAGCAAUAGAUUAACACGAUUUACACGGAGGUUCAGCACAUGACAAAUGGAAAUGGCAAAGCUUCCCCUUCAUCAGUGGGAGUCUAUUUUUAAUGAUCAGUGUGCAUGGCUCCCUUUCUCCCCAUGAUCCCUCCCCUCUUCCCCAUGACCACUCACAAACCUCCCUCUUCCCUUUCCCUACCUGCCCUGUGUUUUAAAAACUGAAUCUAGUCAUAACACUCUGCAAUACUUCCCAUCAAUCAGUUCAAGGCCUAGUCCUUGUUCUCUCAGUUUUGUGCAUUAAGCAAACUGUUUUGGUUGAUUCACAAGUAAAUUAUCUGUUAAAUGUUCAAUAAUAAUCAAUAAUGGCACAUUUGAAAUGAGAAGGAUAAUGCAAAGUGAUUUAGCGUGAGUUUUCUGCCGGAGGUGGGUGAUGCAGUUGGUUUGUGUUAUUGAGGGAGGGGUUUUUUUACAAUGUAAUCUUUUUGGUGCUUUAACAUUCAGUGUGUGGGUGUCUCCAGUCCCAGUCCGAUCAAUGACAGGCUUCCUGGACAAGUCUGCUCUAUUUUACUCAUUACCAUGCUUGGUGGUAUCUCCACAGGAUAUAAAUUCAGUGGAUUUUAUUCCUCAGUAUAGUGAUGUAAUUACAGAAUGCUGGAGGCCGCACUUUAACCUCAUUUGAUGUCUUGAGCCAUUGCCUGCAGCUUCUCUGUCAGUGUUUGACCCCAAGUGAAGUGCUGAACACUCCCGUCAGUAACAGCGAUAGCCAAGGUCCUUACUUGAAAUCCAAUCUCUGUGGAACAUCUUCUGACCAGUUCUUGAUUUUUCUUGUGGGAAAGUUGAUAGUUCUCUGGAGGGGGAGAAUGCCCAUGCUUUUGAAUAACGUGCACUUGUAAUUUCUGAAUCUGUCAACAGCCUGUAAAACUUGGAGUUGUUCAGAUGAAACUUGCCGUGUUGUUCCCUUGAAGGAUCAGUGCAGGCAGAACAUAACUGCCUUAGUAACUUGCUGCAAGAUUAGUGACUUGAAUCGAACAAUUUGGUACUUACACAAGGGCUAUAAACAAUGACCUACAACAAAUCUUAUUCUUGACUGUAACUUUCUGCACUUUCAAGGCAAUUCUUAUCAUUUUAUUAUUUUCCUUAAAAUCAGCAAUUCUUGAUUUUUGAAGAAUUCCUUCAAUUUUUGUUGAAUAUUUGCCCUUUGCAAAUCAAUGUUACAACAAAGUAAAAUUGAAGAGGUAUUGUAGAAUUUCUGAAAUUUACAAAUCAAAAUUCCUACGUGCGUUUACAACCCCCUGUCAACAUUUAGAAAAAUCUUCAUAUCAAAGCAAGAUGAAUGUCUGGAUAGUUCAGCAAAGUCACACUGAAGCUUGGGGAGUUUUCAGGACCCAGUUGUAAAGGGGGCUUCGUUCUAUAAUCCUGAUCCCACUUUGGGCAAAAUCCUUCAAAUUUUGUUUUCAAAUGUUCAAUUAACCUCCAGCCUCCGUUACUUUUUGGGAGAGAAUUCCAGAUUUUCCAUUCCACAGUUUGUGUGAAAAGGUGCUUUCUGGUAACAUCCUGAAUUUGAAUCAUAGUCAAAUCAUGAACCAUUCCAGAGAAACGGUAUUGCUUCAGCAAUAUAGUAAACUUUAAUGCGAAAGCAUUGAAUGUCAGAAUGUUGGAACAUUCACUGGGUUUUCACAUGUUAAUGUUCCAGAGCCCUUACUUGAUUCCAGUUUGGAUCAUUCUGGAAUCUGCAUUCUUUUGAGCCUCCAUAACUGAACAUCUGCAUGAAACAGCACAGAGCCCCUUUCUGAAUGAACUCUGGCAAGUGCAGAUUAUUCUGAAAUGUAACUGCCCUCACCCGCCACCUUCUUCCCAUUUAUCAACUGCCUUUAGCAGUGACAUACUUCAGAUUUUGUUCUCAAUUUCUUCCCUGUGGGUAGCCCUGGUCCUUAACCACUGACUUGUUAAGAUUCUGUCUCCAAUCCUCGUUCUCUCUCCCAUCCCCAUAACAGGAAUGCAAGGUCAAGACUGAACUCAGUCCUGGAACAUUCUGUGUUUCAUGCAUCCUGCAUGUUUAUUUGCAGUUUUAGUGCAAAGGUAUACUGUAUUUUAGGAAGGAAGACUGCAUAUAAAUCUGACCCAGUUGGAGUUUUGUAGCUGUUAUGUUGCUCCUUUGUUAAGUUAAUGAAAUGUUCCUUUGGAGCUGGAGUUUGCCGGCUAUACUGCAUAGCAGGAAUGCAGCAAAUGUAUAGACAGUAGGUCCUCUGCGUCAGGUGGAAAAGUCAAAGACAACGUUUAAGCCUGUAAAGAUUUGUAAUUUUUUAAAAAUUAAGAGUAGUAAUAAAU